CUCAGGGCACACCCCCUUGUGCAUGCCCCCCAGCCUAUGGGGGAAAGGUGGUACCACAGAGAUGGGCAUGCAUUCCUGACCACCCCCGCCAUCCGGCUGGCUGAGGGGUGGGGCGGCCCCCACGGGUGCACAGGCAGUGGGGGGCUGGGCCCAGGAGAGGUUCUGCCUGCCCCCGCCCUUCCACCUUGUCUUGGGAGGUAGCUGAACCGGUCUGGCCUGGGAAGCCAAGCUGGGGUUAGCAGUGGACCCCACCCCACCCCACCCACGCCCCCUUGACGAAGACGAUCCUGGAGAGACCGGAAAACCAGGGGUUGGGAUAGGCCUGGGCCAGGGCAGGCCCAGGAAGGAGUCUGGCAGCCAGCUCCAGAAGGGCCAGACUGCUGACGGCUUCCCCCCGGACAGGUCUCUGAUGCCUUGCCCUCUUACUUGCCUCCGGUGUCCUCGGGGCCCAUCCCGUUCCUGGUCCAUCCCCAACUCUCCAGGGGCCAGUUCCACUGCACGCUCCCCAGUGGGAGAGGAAGAGGAGGGCGAUGAAGAUGGGGGGCUCAGGCCCGGCCCUGCUGAGGUGGAGUCCCCCAUCCUGCCUCCACCAUCCCCCAUGGACUGUCUCAUCUGCGUCUCCCCCUUUGACGGUGUUUUCAAGCUUCCCAAACGCCUGGCCUGCGGCCACGUCUUCUGCUUGGAGUGCCUGGCACGGCUCUCGCUGGCCACCGUGGGCAGCGGGGAGGCUGUGGCCUGCCCCAUGUGUCGGGCUCCCACCCGCCUGCCACCUCGCCGCGGUCCUCCCGCGCUGCCCACAGAGCCCCGUCUUCUGCCCCGGGAGGCCCAGGGCCCCAGCCUCUGCCAGGACUCGGUCCGAUUCGACCGGCGACGGGGUCUUCUUUACCUGCGCCCCCCUUCCUCGUCCUCAGGGUUGUCCAAGGCCCGCGAGGGCCCCCCACUCCCCCCUCCUUUGCGGCUGGGCCGGCCCCAAACCAGGACCCUUGGCUGGGACCGCUCGACAUGGGCCUUCCAUGCAGCGGUCACCCUGGCAGUGCUGGUUACCGCGGGGCUAAUCGUCUCUGGGGUCUACAUCUUCUUUCUCAUUCCCCACUCCACCACUCAAGCUAUUGUCUUCCCGCGCCCACCCCUGGCCUCUCCCACCAACUCCUCUUGGUUUCUGCCCCCUGUGACAGCCACUGCAGGAUCCUCAACCUUGCCCCAACUCCUGCGGCAGACCAAACCCAUGGGAAAUGUGCUCCCCACAGAGUUCUCUGGGUCCCCGGAUCCCAGGACCCUGCCUCAUGGUGGCCAACAGGGGGCUGGACCCCCAAGCUCAAACCAGGCUGAGUUCCUGGGAGAGGCCAUGGGUGGUGACCCUCUGGAGGGCUGAUAGAGGAGUGUUGGACUUCUCUCUGUGGGCAUGUGGUUUGGCAGAAGAUUCAAACCUAGAGGAAACUGAGGCAGCCCAGGCAGAUCUGGGGUCUUAGGUCUCUUACAGAUGGGGAAGCUGAGGCAGCCACGGUAGACACAGGGGCAUGAGCAAUGGUCGCGUUGAGUGUAAGGAGGGUUGUUUUGGCACUGGCCAAGCCUGGCUCUCCUGGGAAGGCUCAGCUUGGCCCCAGGCCUCGCCGUGGGCCCCCAGGUGGAUCCUGGGAGCACAGAUGGAGAGGUGGAAUCUAGUACAACUCCCCUUCCUCAUUUUAUAGAGAAAGACGGUGAGGCCCAGAAAAGGGCAGCCCCUUUCUCAGGUGCUGUAGGUAGUGAGUGGGAUGUCGGCCCACCCAUGUGGGACAGGGGAGAUGGGUCCAUCUAGACUAGUCAUUUCCUCUCUGCGAGCCUCAGUUUCUCCAAAUGAAAGUAGGGCUGGAGUGCAGUGGGGUGGAGGGGUUGAAGCCUCAUCUUCCCCCCUGGAGCUUCCUUCGUGGCCUGGGGAUCUCCAAGCACUUCUCCCAGAGUCCCCAUGACCAUCCUCAGUUCUGGCAAUGCGUCCACCAUGGUCAUCCCCAUCUCCCAAGCCCUGCCCACUGCGAUCCAGUGGAGCCACAGCUCCCUGUCCCCUCCCAGGUCCUCUCCUCACACAUGUACCACCAUGCCCACCCUUGGUCCAGCCGGGCGGUGCCACCCCAGCUCCUUCCUGAGGGGUGGCCCAAUGCUUUGUGCUCUCCAGGGCUGUGGGUCGCCCUGAGCCAAGGAGACCUGUCUCCUAUCUCUUGACUCCAAGCCUUUGCCCUGGCUCUGCUCCGGCCCCUGGCUUGGUCCAGCCCUGACUCUGAAGGCCCUCCCACCCUCUGCCGCGCCCCCCCCUCCAGCCCGUGGGUCCCUCCUAGAGGAAGGCAUGAGACUGUCAGCUCCCUGAGGGCAGGCACCUGCAUUUGGUAGCACAGUCGGGAAGACCCGUUAUCUCCCUCUGCCAUGCCUCGAUUUCCCUUUCUGUACAAGCUAAGAGGCUCUGCAAACUCCCGGGAUGAUCAUGUUAGCUUUUGUAAUAAAUGCCUGUUGAUUGAUUGAC